AUGAAGCCGUUUACUUCAGGGGUGGACUACGGAGACGCACCACGACUCCUGCUGCUCGAAUCCACACCACUUCUUGUGCCGACAAAAAUCCGUCACCACUUCCCUGCCAUCUCCUUCGCUCAAAUAUUGGAUACGGCUCGUCCCUAUAAAACUCUACUCGUUCUGAUCGCGGGGUUUCGUACCGCCAGGAGAAUAGAAUCGCAGGUCUUCAAAGGGCUGCCGAUAACGACCCAUGACUCUUCUCUCCCACGCCCUUUUGGAACGUCACUCAUUUCGCCCCUCUCGUUGUUUCCUCUUCCCCUCCGCCCUUUUCGUUCUUCCCCUCCGCCCUUUUCGUUCUUCCCCUCCGCCCUUUUCGUUCUUCCCCUCCGCCCUUUUCGUUCUUCCCCUCCGCCCUUUUCGUUCUUCCCCUCCGCCCUUUUCGUUCUUCCCCUCCGCCCUUUUCGUUCUUCCCCUCCGCCCUUUUCGUUCUUCCCCUCCGCCCUUUUCGUUCUUCCCCUCCGCCCUUUUCGUUCUUCCCCUCCGCCCUUUUCGUUCUUCCCCUCCGCCCUUUUCGUUCUUCCCCUCCGCCCUUUUCGUUCUUCCCCUCCGCCCUUUUCGUUCUUCCCCUCCGCCCUUUUCGUUCUUCCCCUCCGCCCUUUUCGUUCUUCCCCUCCGCCCUUUUCGUUCUUCCCCUCCGCCCUUUUCGUUCUUCCCCUCCGCCCUUUUCGUUCUUCCCCUCCGCCCUUUUCGUUCUUCCCCUCCGCCCUUUUCGUUCUUCCCCUCCGCCCUUUUCGUUCUUCCCCUCCGCCCUUUUCGUUCUUCCCCUCCGCCCUUUUCGUUCUUCCCCUCCGCCCUUUUCGUUCUUCCCCUCCGCCCUUUUCGUUCUUCCCCUCCGCCCUUUUCGUUCUUCCCCUCCGCCCUUUUCGUUCUUCCCCUCCGCCCUUUUCGUUCUUCCCCUCCGCCCUUUUCGUUCUUCCCCUCCGCCCUUUUCGUUCUUCCCCUCCGCCCUUUUCGUUCUUCCCCUCCGCCCUUUUCGUUCUUCCCCUCCGCCCUUUUCGUUCUUCCCCUCCGCCCUUUUCGUUCUUCCCCUCCGCCCUUUUCGUUCUUCCCCUCCUCCCUUUUCGUUCUUCCCCUCCGCCCUUUUCGUUCUUCCCCUCCGCCCUUUUCGUUCUUCCCCUCCGCCCUUUUCGUUCUUCCCCUCCGCCCUUUUCGUUCUUCCCCUCCGCCCUUUUCGUUCUUCCCCUCCGCCCUUUUCGUUCUUCCCCUCCGCCCUUUUCGUUCUUCCCCUCCGCCCUUUUCGUUCUUCCCCUCCGCCCUUUUCGUUCUUCCCCUCCGCCCUUUUCGUUCUUCCCCUCCGCCCUUUUCGUUCUUCCCCUCCGCCCUUUUCGUUCUUCCCCUCCGCCCUUUUCGUUCUUCCCCUCCGCCCUUUUCGUUCUUCCCCUCCGCCCUUUUCGUUCUUCCCCUCCGCCCUUUUCGUUCUUCCCCUCCGCCCUUUUCGUUCUUCCCCUCCGCCCUUUUCGUUCUUCCCCUCCGCCCUUUUCGUUCUUCCCCUCCGCCCUUUUCGUUCUUCCCCUCCGCCCUUUUCGUUCUUCCCCUCCGCCCUUUUCGUUCUUCCCCUCCGCCCUUUUCGUUCUUCCCCUCCGCCCUUUUCGUUCUUCCCCUCCGCCCUUUUCGUUCUUCCCCUCCGCCCUUUUCGUUCUUCCCCUCCGCCCUUUUCGUUCUUCCCCUCCGCCCUUUUCGUUCUUCCCCUCCGCCCUUUUCGUUCUUCCCCUCCGCCCUUUUCGUUCUUCCCCUCCGCCCUUUUCGUUCUUCCCCUCCGCCCUUUUCGUUCUUCCCCUCCGCCCUUUUCGUUCUUCCCCUCCGCCCUUUUCGUUCUUCCCCUCCGCCCUUUUCGUUCUUCCGCUCCGCCCUUUUCGUUCUUCCGCUCCGCCCUUUUCUUCCCUCCGCUCCGCCCUUUUCUUCCCUCCGCUCCGCCCUUUUCUUCCUCCGCUCCGCCCUUUUCUUCCUUCCGCUCCGCCCUUUUCUUUUUCCGCUCCGCCCUUUUCUUCCUUCCGCUCAGGCGGCGCUGCUCGCAGGCGAGCCCGUUCUCAGAGGCGCCACGUCAGCACCGGCGUCUCUCUCGCCCGCCACGUGGUUGCCGCUAGGCCGGACCGGACCCACUCCUGGAGCGCCACGUGUCGGUAUGGCGGGGCUAUAUUACAUGGACAUGCUCUCAUCCGCCUGCAUGCUCCUGCUCAUUCUCUUCCCCCAUUCUCUUACCUUCCCCACUCCCCGUUACCAUCUCUCCUUUCCAAUCCCCCCUCCCCUCCCCCGCCCCUACCACCCUCUCCCCUCCCUCCACCCCCUUUGUCCGUGCCCCUCUCGUCCCACACAACCCCUGCCCGUCCCACUGUCGUCCUCUGCCUCCCAGCAGCAGGUGCUGCUGGCGUCAGUGUCCCAGCGUCCUUCCUCCCCUCACCCCUCCCUUCACCCCUUCCCCCAGUUCCCCUUUCCUCUACCCCCUCCCCCGCCUCUCCCCUGCCCCGCUCUUCCCACACCCUCCUGCCUGCCACAGUGUCAUCCGCUGCCGCUCAGCAGCAGGUGCUGCUGGCGUCAGUGUCCCAGUCCACGUCAGCACCACCUCCCGUGCGCCCAUCCCAGCCGUCCUCAUACCCGGGCACGCCUCUCAUGUGGGUGGGCGUGGGUGUGGCUCUAUCCCUCUUCGCCUCCUGGGGCUCUAAGUUCGUCAUGCAGCGUAUGCAGCAAGCCAUGAUGAAGCAGAUGCUCAGCGCCAUGCAGUCCGGCGGCGGGCCGGGCGGCGCAGCUAAUCCGUUUGCGGCAGCUGGCAUGGGCGGCGGCGCCAACCUGUUUGCAGGCAUGGGCGGCGCAGGAGCAGCAGCGAACCCCUUUGGUGGCAUGCCCUUCCCACCACCACCGCCAGCAGCAUCACCAUCAUCAUCACCCUCCUCCUCCUCUCCCCCUUCUUCCUCUGGUUCCUCCAAGGCCAAACCCUCUUCCACAGCAGCCAAGGCGUCUGCAGUGGUGGAUGUGGCAGCGCAAGUGGCAGAUGCCAAACCAGCAUCGGCUGCUUCUGCACCCUCUUCUCCCACCACCAGCACCACCAGCAGCAGCACCCCUUCAUCGUCGUCGCCCUCCACAGCCCCAGCAGAGGAGGCGGAGCAGAGCACGAAAAAGAAGAGCUUCUUUCAAGAUGCUGAGGUGGUGGAGGAGCCAUCUGGGGGAGGCUUCUCCUGGGGGAACACCAGCAGCGCCAGCAGCAGCGGGACCAAUGCGUCCAAUGCCACUUGGGAUACGGCCACCAACUCGUUUGCCAAUGGAGGAGGAGGUGGAGGGGCUAAGGGCAAGAUGACAGUGGAGGCGCUGGAGAAGAUGCUGGAGGACCCCAUGGUGCAGAAAAUGAUUUUCCCGUAUCUUCCAGAGGAGAUGAGGGAUCCAGCCACCUUCAAGUGGAUGAUGCAGAGUCCCAUGUACCGCCAGCAGCUCGAGAGCAUGCUCGACAACAUGGGAGGCACGGGUUUUGACGACCGGGUGCUGGAGAUGAUGAAGAGCUUCGACCUCAACAGCCCCGAAGUCAAAGACCAGUUCUCCCAGCUGGGCAUGUCACCAGAGGACGUGGUGGGUAAGAUCAUGUCCAACCCGAAGCUCGCCGCUGCCUUCCAGAACCCUCGCCUGCAGGCCGCCAUCCUCGAUGUGUCCUCCAAUCCCAUGAACUGGACCAAGUACCAAAACGACGCUGAGGUAAGCAAGCACGAUGAUGAGGUAAGCAAGCACGAUGCUGAGGUAAGCAAGCACGAUGCUGAGGUAAGCAAGCACGAUGCUGAGGUAAGCAAGCACGAUGCUGAGGUAAGCAAGCACGAUGCUGAGGUAAGCAAGCACGAUGCUGAGGUAAGCAAGCACGAUGCUGAGGUAAGCAAGCACGAUGCUGAGGUAAGCAAGUACGAUGCUGAGGUAAGCAAGCACGAUGCUGAGCCUGUUCAGCUGAGUGUAUACACGUCAGCCGCCAUGUCAGUCCGAACGCUGCUGCUAGCUGCUCUCCUUUCGCUGUCGCUAUUUGCGACAGCUGCGGACCCGUUGGCGAAAGCUGCGGACCCGUUAGCGACUGCUGCGGACCCGUUAGCGACAGCUGCGGACCCGUUAGCGAUAGCUGCGGCUGCGGCGAGAACGGCGGGAAUCAUAGGGGAGCUGAAGGCGUUGCGGCAGAAGCUGAUGCUAAAUCCCCGUCUAAGAUACCUUGUCAUGAGUCAAGUUCUUUCUCAGCUGAUUACUCAAGGAAAAGCCCUCCCCACCGCUAUGGACUUGACCCUUUUCCUUCACACCACCAUCUUAAUACCCACCGACGCCGCGCUUCUAUCGAGUGGCCUCCUCCCGAAUCUAAAAAACCCGGGAGCCUCACUCAACCUCUUUAAGAGCCUCUCCUUCAACAUCAUAAAAGGCAAGAAGCGGUUCGCCAAGCUGAAAGCUCUUCCAGAGGGAAAGUCGGUUGCGCUUUUGCUGAACAAUGGGAAACUGUUUCGGCACACAGUGAGUCCUGGGUGGGGCAUGAAUCAAGGCACUAGCGUGGCGCUCGCGCUCAAGGGGAAGAAUAAAAAACAGUGGUCGAGAAUUCUUGACAAGAAUCUGCACAGAGGAAGUUUCGUUGCUCAUGGGGUUGACCGCCUGCAGACUGCUUGA